AAUUCCAAAAAAAAUUAAAGAUCAAAAGCUUCCCCAGUCCUAACAGGUGUGCGUGUUUGCUGUACGUUAACUUUCCACUCCAUACAUUGUCUGUACACAGACAUAUACUUGUCUGCCUGUGUACAGAAUGUCAGAUUUUCCCGUAUAUGCUUCACGCUUCUAAAAUCUCUUCUCAACGCUUAAAUGGCAAACCGGUUUGACACGGCGAGCGGAGCGUUUAGGCUCCAUCGAAUCCACACUCCCAGUCCUUUCUUGUUCCACUCGGGUCAGUGAUGUUUAAGGAUUCCUGUUGUCUUUCUUUGUGAUGUCACAGCUGGCAGUAGUACUGUAAGUGCCUUGGUAGAGGUGAUGGCGUCAUUCCGUGCCCUGGUGUAGCCUCCCGUGUUAAGAAGAAGGGAGAAGGACUGGAGGCCGAGGCGAGCGUGGCUCUCGCAGCCGGCAUCGAGCAGCGCAAACCCGGACUCCGCAGCCUGGCAAAUAUGGAGGCUUCGACGGGGGAUCUGCAGGCCGGCUCCCGUAUUCCGGUGAUCAUCGAGAGGAUAGUGAAGGACACGAUGGUGGUGACCCUUGACCACGGAGACCGCUGCUUCACCGGUAUUUUGAUUGAAAGCUGCAAAAAGACUGGUUUAUUUUGUCUCCCUGAUAUACUGAAGCAAGAUGAUCCUUCACUGCUAAGCAACAACAGCUUGGUUCCUGAUGAUAGUGGUUGCUUCCAGUCUUCUGAGCUGCAAUCAUGUAAUGAGCAACUUUCCACUUCUACAGAUAAUCAGUCAAGCACUACCACUACUACUACUACUGUUCCUGGAGUGUUACCACAAUAUCCACCAUACUUCGAGGGUGCUCCUUUUCCUCAGCCUUUGUGGGUAAGGCAUACUUAUAACCAGUGGGUGCCACAACCCCCACCAAGGAGAAUUAAAAGAACUAAAAGAAGAAACAAGGAUUCUGGUAGACUGACAAUAAGUACGAUAAGACUACGGCCAAGACAAGUGCUUUGUGAAAAGUGCAAAAACACAUUAAACAGUGACGAGGAUAGUAAAGAUGGACAAAAUGCUAAAUCCAACAAAAGGGAUACUGAGAUUAAGGAUGGAAAAAAACUAGAGGAAACAGAAACAGAACCAGAAAACAAGAAAUGUAAAAAAGAGAAAAAAGAUGAAGAUAGAUUUUUAGGUGAAGUUGUUCCUCAUAGUCCUGUAAUCAAAAUAUCCUAUAGCACUCCGCAAGGAAAGGGGGAAGUAAUGAAGAUACCCUCUAGAGUGCAUGGCUCUGUAAAACCAUUUUGUCCAAGACAAUUAAUACAAAAUGGAGAGGACCAUGAGAAAUCAAAAGACUAUUUAGAAAACAAGGAUCUUCCAGACAAGCCAACAAGUGGUACAAAUGCAUUAAUUCCAAAACUUAAACUAUCUAGGCCUGUCCAUUCCACUGCAGAUGUACCACCUCCAAAAAUUAGGUUAAAGCCACAGAUUAAUUGUGGGGACAAUGUUUCAAUAUACCAGUCUGAACUUGUUGAUGGCACACGGAGACAUACCCAGGAAAGGCCACAAGCAAUUCAAAUGGACACACAUUCUGAAAAUUCUACUGAAAAAAGUUCUUUGGAGAUUUCCUCUGGAAGCUCUGGAGAAGAGGAUGAAUUUAGGAAGCAGCAUAGCACUGUACGACAGCAUAAUGAUUUAACAUUGUUAUUAAAUUUUCGUAAGAGAAAAGCAGACUCCUCAAAUUUGUCUGUCUGUAGUAGUGACAGCCUGGAUGAAUCGAAAUCUUCCAGCUCAGAUGGUACAUCUCCAGAAUUUUGUGACUUUGCUCCUGGAGAAAUGACAUCUGUGUCAUCCUCUUCAAAAGAUGAUCAAAAGACUGUACCACCCCUCACAGUUCGAUUGCACACCAAAAGUGUCACCAAGUGUGUCACAGUUGAAGGACAGACUGUUUCUGUUGGAGAUAUAGUUUGGGGUAAAAUCCAUGGUUUCCCUUGGUGGCCAGCACGUGUUCUUAGCAUUAAUACUAGCAGAAAAGAAGAUGGUGAGCCUUUGUGGCAAGAGGCAAAAGUUUCUUGGUUUGGGUCACCAACAACCUCUUUGCUCUCUGUGUCCAAACUUUCCCCAUUUUUGGAGUUUUUCCGAUUGAGGUUUAACCGAAAGAAGAAGGGAAUGUAUAGGAGAGCUAUUACAGAAGCUGCCAAAGCAGCUGAACACUUAACCCCUGAAAUAACAUCUCUUCUCGCACAUUGUGAGGCAUAGGGAACAAGAGUGAAGCACAGCUGUUCUGUUUUUUUGUAAGCUCGUAGACAAUCUGCUGCUCUCCCUUUAAAGGAGUUUUAUGGGUCCGUGUCCAUUCCUCUGGAACACCUCUAAAUAAUGUGAUUCAUGUCAUCAUUGAAGAGUAACCUGGGCAGAAAGACAAUAUUCUUUUAAAGAGCAAGACUGACAGGAAGCAGCAGAAGAACAGAAAAUGGAUUGUGGGUUUUUAUUCUUUUGAUUUUUUUUUUUCUUUCUUUUUUUUUUCUAGCAAAUACUUUAUUUUAAUAGAGUGAAUAGUGAUACUACAACUUGGAAUGUAUUUAUUAUCUGCAAUACUUUAGUCUACAUUUUACAAUCAAAAUCUUAUUGCUGCUGCUUAUCACUUAAAUCUUACAUAACCUGGCCGUGCAAAUGGUUUUGAACUAGAGAAUAAAUUAACAUUCAUUCUCUCAUCCUUACAUGCAAAUUAAAUCUUUAUCUCAUUACUUUUAUUGAUCACCUCUUAACAAAAAUGUCUUAAAUGCUGCUGAUAAAUUAAACUGUUUUUCCGUCACUUUAUGAAUCUGGGAACAGCAAGACACAUUAGUUACUGUAGUUAAAGUAUACUUAAUUUUCAGGAAGUCUUUAGAAAUGCAGUAUUUCUUUCUUGCUUCAUGUUGCUUUGACUUUGUCCUGGAAAUAACACCUAAUUAUAUUAAUGUUUAGAUAGAAAAGCACUUUACAUUUACCUUUGUUGCCUGCAGUUUCCCUAACACAUUUUAUGCAACACUAGGUGGUCUCAUUUAAAAGCCGGUUUUAUAACACCAGACCAUGGUUUUCAACAAUUUUUAAAGAAUUUUUCACAAAUGCUACAACACAUCUGAAAUAUUUUCAAUUAUUGUGUUUCUUUCAAAAAGUUAUUCUAGUUCUACUUAACAGUGUGUCCAACUAUUGAUAUACCUCACUGAAUAAGAGUUUCAAGCUUUUAAAGUUUUUUAAUGUAAAUUUGGUCAAUUUUGGGGGUGGUGUGGUGGUUCUUGGGUUUAACUCCCUGAUCUACUCACUAUAUAUAUAUAUAUAUAUGGAGUUUGCACGUUUCUCUCCCCCCCCCCCCCCAUACCUUUUUUGCUUAUCCCUUCCAGAACAAAUUCUGCUAAGUUAAUUGAUGAAUCUUUAUUGUCCUAAUUUGAUUCUGUUGUGUGUGUGAGUGUGUGUGUGUGUGUGUGUGUGUGUGUGUGUACAUGUUUUGCUCUUUGAUAGAUUGGCUUCUCAUCCAGACUUGAUUCAAGACAUGCAACUUUUGUUGCAGGGGUGGGUUAGGGUCUUACUGCAGUUAUACAUUGAGGGUCUGGACUCAAAAACUGGAUAUGUGGAUGGAUUCCUUAUGAACAUUCACUUUUCAAAUUAUCGGUUGGUUGCACUGACACAGUAAACAGGCAGAGCAGUGUUCUGUUUCACAAUUGUUGUUUCAACACAAGUAAAGAGGAAAUACCAAAGGUGUUUUUGUUUUGUUUUGUUUUUUUCUUUUUGUCUUCAAAGCUGUAUGGGAAAACUGAAGACUUUCUUCUUCCAGAGCACAGGUUACAAAAUUUGCCAAAAGUACAUCACUAAAACGUUUUGGAAAAUUGCCACUCCUGUUUUUCACCACCACACAUGUAUGUUCUUAGCCUGCUUUUUUAAUUUGUCAUCUCUCGGAAUAGGAAAGCUUAUUCUUUGUUUUCAGUAUAGACAAACGUUCAGUGUGUGUGUGUGUGUGUUCAUUUUUUAUUAAGUGCAUUAUUUUUUUAAGUUCUCUUGUUUUAGUUAUCGGCUUCUGUAAGUUCAGGACAUACUACCAGAUUUAACUUCAACCAUGCAUUUUGUCUAACACUGUUUUUAUCUUGCCUCAUUUUCAGCUAAUUACGUUUUAGGGUAAAGAAGGUUAAUAGUAAGAAAAUUGUGCCUGGCUAAAAGUGAUGUGGUGUUUUAAAUGGAAAUAUACAUAUUUAGCUGUAUUUUCUUUUUAAGACUGGGGAACAGAAUGUGACUUUUUCACAUGUGUAAAUCAAACAUCUGGGGAGAUUUUAAAAAUGUUGUGUGUCUGUGUUGUGGUUACACAAUGAGAAAAAUCAGUCAUGACCCGGGCUCUUUAAAGUGUACUACUGGUAUUUUUCCAUUACAUUUGGCAUUUUAUGUGCUAUCAUUUGUUUGUCUCCGCUGUCCAAGCAUUGAGCAGCAGACAUUUCUUGGUGACAAACAGGCCAUACAUCUUCUUGUAUAUUAACUUGUAAAGUCAUUGUGUCUAUCUCUGCAUGUCCUGAAUAUUUUUAUUUGAGGCUCAGCAGUGAAUAAAAUGUAUGUUUUUACCAAAGGGCUUAACAGUUAUUUUAAAAAUUUAAAAAAAAAAAAAAUUAAAUGCAGAAGCAUUGUGUUGUAUUAACUAUUAAAAGUGUUAAUGUAACAAACUCCUGUAAAUGCUCCAUCAGUUAUGUUAUGAGUGAGGGUUAAAGAUAUUCUUCUUUCCUAGAUUUUUUUUUUUCUUAACAAAAUAUAGAUGUGUUGUAAGAGGGAGGAAUGUCUUUGAGUGGAGCAUCAAGCUGUAUUUAUACGGUGUAAUUUAUUGACAUAUUUUUGAAUAUCAGAAAAAAUAAAGAGAAAAAGAAGAAAAGAAA